CUGCCUACUUCCUGGGUUGUUAUUUACCUGCGUACGCUGAGCAUUCGUCUCAUACAGGUCUGUAGGAAUGCUAUCUCAUACUAGAGGAGCUGGUUUGACUGCAAGAUCGUGUUCGGAACUGGAUAUUUUUAACUCCUAAUCUCAAAUCUUAACAGUAUGGAGUACAUACAAUCGGUAUACGUAGGAUUUAUGGAUUGCUUAUGCAGAUGGCACCUAUGAAGCUACACCUGUUUGAGGAAUCUUGAAUUUGAAGGGGUUGGAUUCAUUACAAAAAUGGUUUUUGGGACUAAACCAGCAGAAUCUAAAGCAAUCCAAAUGGAGACCAAAGAUGGACAAGAAUCAGAAAAGGACCGUGAUGUUCAGAAAAAGUCUCCUUUUGAUCUGAUUUUUAACCAGAUACAAAGAAAAAAGUCCAACAAGGGAAAGAGUGAUUUUUUCCAAGUAAACAGGUUUUUCAGAGGAUUUGAGAGAAAUGUGGCAAAGCCUGAGAAGGAAAAUGCACCCCAGGAAACUGAUGGAGCACAAGCUACAGAUCCCACCCCAGACAAUGUUGAUGGAAACUCUUCUACUGAAAAAACAGAAUUUGAAUCGGAGGAGUCUGCUUGGUGGAAAGUGGAGCAGUUGAUGCAGAAAUUUGGAAAACGAGCAGAGAGAAAUUAUAUCACUCUAAACAACUGUGAACUGACAGCUGCUGACAUGAAAGAACUCAGCGUACUUCUGUGUUGUCUAUCAGAUGUGGAAGAGCUCGACAUUUCAUGGAAUGAUCUGAUCGGUGGAUCUGUGCAUUUGCUGACCUCACAAUUCAGUCAUAUUAGCAAUCUUAAAAUACUGGCUCUAAGUAACUGCAGUCUCACGGUCAAUGACUUUGUCGCUUUAGGAGAAGCUCUCAAAUUGGUUCCUCAUUUAGAAGGACUUGAUUUGUCGUGGAACACUCACCUAGGUGGAAAUCUGACCAGCGUCACCCAACACUUCUCCAGCCAAUGUAACAUAAAGAGCCUUAAUUUAACAGAAUGUAACCUCAAGUCACAAGACAUUGACGCCCUAGCACAGGCUCUAAGUAAGAUGCCGAAACUGGAGUCUUUGGAUCUUUCAGCAAACAAAGAAAUUGGGGCUGUUAUCAUGAAAAUCACUGAGGAACUGAUGCUCUGCUCUUAUCUGAGGGAAUUAAAGCUUCAUGCUGCUGGCUUAAAGCAGGACGGCAUCAAGAAUUUAAGUUCUGCGUUUGAGCACUGGCCAUGUUUACGACAGCUUGAUCUGUCUGGGAAUAAGGAAGCUGGAGGAGGAUUUCGAGAAGCGGCGGCUCGUCUUACGUCAUUCAAGCAACUAGAACUCUUAGAUAUUCACAAGUGUUGCCUUUCAGCAGAUGACAUCGCAGCUCUUACCCAGGUCAUUCCUUUGCUAUCAAAUCUCCAAGUGCUGAAUAUAUCAUCAAAUAAAUCUGUUGGCCAGUCCCCUGAACAUCUUUUCAGUAGACUGAGAUUUUUGCCAAAGCUCAAAUCCGUGAUCGCCAGCAACUGUGCCUUAAGGACAGAAUCCAUUGUAGCACUAGCUGAAGCAUCCAACUAUCUCUUGGACCUGGAAAUUCUGGAUCUAUCAUGGAACAAGUGUGUCGGAGGAAACCUAAAACUAUUUUCAAAAACCCUAAAAAACACAGCUGCCCUCCACAGUCUGAUGCUGAGUUCCUGUAACCUGGUGACUCAAGACAUGGCAGUGUUGGCAUCAGCGGUACAGGAUGGACACCUGCAGGAUUUACAGCUACUGGAUCUUGCGUACAAUGAUACAAUAUCUGAUGAAGGAUGGGGUCUAUUUUUUGAAAGUUUAGGUGACCUAAAGAACAUUGCUGAACUAGAUAUAAGCCUACGGCCUUCUUCCAGUCGUCAUUGCGGACCAUGGUUCAUUCAUUUGCUUUCAAGCUUCUUAAAACUGCCUAAACUCAAAGACCUGGGAAUGCAGAGAUGGGUGCUUUCAGAUGCAGAGCAGCAGCAACUGGACCGUGUUAGUAAAGAGAGAACUAUUAAUAUUAAUUUUGACUGAUCUUUGUCCCCAGUCUACCCACAAGUGUUGAGCACACUUUCUUAAAGACAAAGUAAAGUCUAUGUAUAUAU